AUGUCCAAUAAAUUUCAUUGCGAUGUUUGUUCAGCAGAUUGCACUAAUAGAGUUCGAAUAUCGUGCGUAGAGUGCUCGGAGUAUGAUCUUUGUGUACCAUGCUUUUCGCAAGGUCUAUACAAUGGCGGUCAUAGGCCCUAUCAUGACUACCGAAUAAUAGAGACUAAUUCGUUCCCCAUACUCUGUGUGGAAUGGGGUGCUGACGAAGAACUGGCGCUAAUAAAAGGGAGUCAGACGUUGGGGCUCGGUAAUUGGCAGGACAUUGCCGAUCACAUUGGUAAUAGAGACAAGGAGGAAGUUGCCAAGCAUUAUCUGGACUAUUACAUUAGUAGCCCUUACUAUCCUAUUCCCGAUAUCACAAAUAAUAUAGAUGUUUCACAGGAGGACUUUCUGGAACAGAGGAGGCAAACUAUCGAGAAGUUUAGGGAGAAACCCUUGCAGCCUUUAAGAAAGCCUAUGGCCUCAGUGCCCAGCUGUCAUGAGAUUCAAGGUUUCAUGCCUGGGAGACUAGAAUUUGAGACAGAGUUCGAAAAUGAGGCAGAGGGUCCCGUAAAGGAUAUGGUGUUUGAACCGGAUGAUCAGCCAUUAGAUAUCGAAUUGAAACUGGCCAUUCUGGAUAUUUACAAUUCCAGAUUAACCACAAGAGCCGAAAAGAAACGAGUUUUGUUUGAGAACAAUUUGUUAGACUAUAGAAGAUUGCAAGGCAUUGACAAGAGAAGAAACAAAGAAACUAAAGAUCUUCAUAAUAAAAUUAAACCGUUUGCCACAAUAAUGACAGCAAUCGAUUUCGAAGAGUUUUCUAGAGAUAUACUGGAGGAAUUGCGGUGCCGAUCAAGAAUACAUCAGCUUCAGGAGUGGAGAUCCAACGGUAUAACAACGUUAGAAGCAGGAUUAAAAUAUGAGCGUGAUAAGCAAUUAAGGAUUGCAGCGUUAGAAAGAUUUGGCACUUCGACUUAUACUCAAGCAAAUGGAAUUGAUGGUAGACACAGAACAAGCUCGGCGCACAGAUCAAAUGCAGACUACUCACAAAAUCAUAAUGAAGUUAGUGGUAGAAAGAAAGUCAUGACUAUAAGCGAUAUUCAGCACGGUUCUGAUUUUGGUUUACUAUCACCGGACGAACAACAACUAUGCACCCAGCUCAAAAUUCUUCCAAAGCCAUAUCUCGCGAUUAAAGAACUUUUAUUUAGAGAACUUCUGCGAAGUGACGGAUCUUUGAAGAAAAAGUCAUGUCGAGAUCUACUUAACAUUGAGCCUAUAAAGGCAAACAAAAUCUAUGAAUUUUUUGAGUCUCAAAACUGGAUAUGA